AUGGACAAGCUCGCAGCUAAGUUCGGUCAUGGCGAUAGCAGCAACAACGAGUCGUCGAGCAGCGCCCCGAAGCAGGAUUAUGGUGACAAGGCUCUCAACAACCUCGAGGAGAAGUACGGCGGUGGCAUGAUCGACCCCGAGAACGACAAGGUGCGCCAGAUCAACGAGAAGAUCACGGACGGUCUGCGCGACAAGUUUGAGGAGAGAACUGGCUACGACGUCCCUGAGAAGUUCUCGAACUAG